UUCGCCAACCGCUUUGAAACAAACGAAGAAGACGGAGACCGGAAGUUACGUUGGGUGUUGUCAUGGCGUUUCUCGUGUAAGUCACCGAGCUCCAGAAAUUUGACAAAACAUAUCAGGAGAUUUGAAGGUUGAACUAAAUUAACUGUCUCUCCUGGACCAAAACAAUGAGCACUCAAUAUAGCAUCCUUUUCAAGCAAGAGCAUGCACAUGAAGAUGCCAUCUGGACGGCAGCGUGGGGUAAAAGUGAGGCGGACGGGUCAGAAACCAUCGUCACUGGCUCGCUAGAUGAUAUGGUGAAAGUCUGGAAAUGGUCAGACGAGAAGCUGGAGCUGCAGUGGACUCUGGAGGGACACCAGCUGGGUGUGGUGUCGGUGGACAUCAGUCACAACGGAGCCAUCGCUGCCUCCAGCUCCCUUGACGCCCACAUCCGUCUCUGGGACCUGGAGUCUGGAAAACAGAUCAAGUCUAUGGACGCCGGACCAGUUGAUGCAUGGACAGUUGCCUUCUCCCCAGACUCUAAAUACAUCGCCACAGGAAGUCAUCUUGGCAAGGUCAACAUCUUUGGUGUGGAAAGUGGCAAGAAGGAAUAUUCUCUGGACACCCGAGGGAAAUUCAUCCUGAGUAUAGCUUACAGCCCUGACGGAAAGUAUCUGGCCAGCGGAGCUAUCGAUGGAAUCAUCAACAUCUUUGACAUCGCCACUGGAAAGCUACUCCACACACUGGAAGGUCACGCCAUGCCCAUCAGAUCCCUCACCUUCUCCCCUGACUCCCAGCUCCUCGUCACAGCCUCAGACGACGGCUACAUUAAGAUAUAUGAUGUGCAACAUGCCAACCUGGCCGGUACACUGAGUGGACAUGGGUCCUGGGUUCUUAAUGUCGCAUUCUCCCCAGAUGACACGCACUUUGUCUCGAGCUCAUCUGACAAGAGCGUGAAGGUUUGGGACGCCAGCUCCAGAGCAUGUAUCAACACUUUCUUCGACCAUCAAGAUCAGGUGACAAAGACGACCCUGCUUCUCUUCACUGAGUGUGUUACAAUCAAAUUCAAAAUCUCUGGUAGCAGACGCCUGCGGGGAGUUGGAUCUGUUCUGCAACAAAACCUCUGAUUGAAAUGGCACAUCUCCUCCGAGAAGAGAUCAGAGAUGGCUUAGUCUGCCAUGUUGUUUUUGUGUCUCAUCAUUGUGUGACUGCAAAAACAGAAAAUCUACUGGGAAAGUUUGCAGCCAAUUAACUGUUCUAGCUUUGCUUUGCUCUUGUAUUUGGAACAUUUUUUUCAGCCUUUGUCUGCUUGGUUCUGUUGCAUUAUGCAAGGACAUCCUUUUAAAAAUGCAGUAUUUACUAUAAUGUUCCACAGCUUUGGCAAUUGCUCUAUGGAACAUUGUUAUGUUAAUCUAAAGUUAAGGCUUUAUUAAUGUCCUCUAAAGUGUCCCUGG